AGCAGUCGACGUCUGACGUAGGUAGCCUAAUGCCCGAGUUCAGCUCACACAAACUUUAGAGCGACCAACGUCUUUACAACCAUGGAACCAAUGCGACGAUGUCACCUUUCCUUUCUGUGCCGUGCUGUAUUGUUUGUGGUAUUAUGGCAGGUUACCAGAACUGAUUGCCCUGCAGACGGACGCACCUGGGUGCCUUUUGGGGACAGCUGCUAUCAUUUCGUACAUGGAGAAGAAGACAAAGCGAAAAGUUAUACCAUUGAAGAAGCGAAGAGAUUCUGCCAAGCAAAUGGUACUGGCCUUCUGCAGAUCUCCAGUGCAGAAGAAAAUGCAUUCGUCAUUAAAUACAGUCCCAGCGUUUGGAAAGACAACCUGAAUGUGUGGCUGGGCAUGUCUUAUGAUGCCAAUGUGAAGAAAUACCAGUGGUUCGAUCACACGGCUCUGAGCUAUAAGAACUGGGAGGACAGCUCUGACCUGUCGCUGGUGGACACCUGCGUGGCCCUGCACCUGAGCACAGGCCAGUGGCUCAAGGUGAGCUGUGCCGAUGACCCAGAGCAUGGAGUGGUCUGUCAGGCGCCAGGAGAAAUACUGGACGAUUGCCCUAAGGAUGGGAAAAACUGGACCGCCUCAGGGACUAGAUGCUACCAUUUUGUCCAGGCAGAAGCUGGAGGAAAGGCCUUCACGUUUGAGGCCGCCAAGGCACAAUGCCAAGGCUAUGAGCUUCUGCAGCCGACCGCUCUAGAGGAGAAUCAGUAUAUUGUUGACUACAGUGCCAAUGUCUGGAAAAGCAACAUCAAUAUAUGGUUGGGCAUGUAUUUUGACACAGAUGCGGAUGAUUUCAGAUGGCUUAACAAUGGCCCAGUGAGCUACAGUAACUUUGAGGACGCCGGGGACACAGAAGAAGUGGACUCAUGUGCAGCCAUGCGCGUCAGCACUGGACAGUGGCUGAAAGUGAGCUGCAACCAGGACACGGAGCACGGCGUGGUCUGCGAAGCUGCCGACAAGCCCGUGGAGACAGGCAGAGCCAGGGGCAGUCCUUUGAUGUCAGCACUGGUCAUCAUGAGUGUGGUGGGCAUCAUUGGCAUCUCCGCCGUCCUCUGGUUUGUGCAUCAGAGGAACAAUCCCGGCUCCUCCAUCCUCACCGCCUUUGAGUUUCACCCGCCUUUCAGAUCGCCCGGCUUUGACGAGACGUGCCUGGUGGAAGCAGAGGAGAAUGACGACCAGCCUUAAGAGUGUUUUAGCACACUGCACUCUCUCGGAUUACUAUCUGGUGUUGUUUGGCAUGGAAUGGCAUACUCCUUAGUAUGUGUGAAAACGCUAUGAGAUAGCUGAAGGUUACUGAACAAUUUGGGCAGUUUAGAUCUGCGCAGUUCUGAUAUACUAACAGUCCUGAAAGGCACACAACUCGCAUUGCAUUCUUCACACGAAUGAGAUAUUUUUCUUGUUGAUUUCUCAACCACUAACCCUUGGCCUGUGGCCCAGUAAGCGUAAAGUUUGGCUUUAAAUGAGAAAGUCUUGACACACGAGACAACAUUGCUCUCCAUUGGUGGUUAAACGGCUGUCCUCGAAUGCCUUCUGUGACGUGUGUGGGUGUGUGUGUGAGUACAGCAAGGUAAAUUAGACCACACUCAUGAAGACUUUUCUUUUGUUGUGCUUCACAUCUCACCAAAUGUGUCUCGGCAUGUUCCAGUGGGCCACAAUCCAAUCUGGAUCUUAGAUGCACAGUUGUGCGAUAUAAUUACAGUGUAGCCUUAAUUAAUGCAGUCUGAAUGGUUGUUUUAUUGUAUUCAGAUUGUUUUUAUGCACACCUACAGUGAUUCUUGAAAUUUAGAAGGCCAUCUUUUUUUUUAUUGUGUUUGUCUAAAAGCUGUAUAAGCGUCAGUUGCCACAGCUCCCUAACCCUACAGGUCUGUAUCCUAUCCAGUGUGCUAAAGGAUAUGUGGACCUUGACUUCUGUCAAGGAUUGUGCAAGGGAUGUUUACCCAAACAUUUGGGUUGAGGCUUGUGCUCAGGAAAAAAAAAACAUCCCAACGCCCUUUGGAACUGUAAGAAUCGCUUGCCUUUCAUGUUCAAAAGGCUUUGGGCUGUUUGUUCUCGUCUCCAUUUGUUUUCUCGCUGCAAAAAUACUGAUAUAAGCGCUUGCACUGUAGUUACAUGCUUGCUCACAAUUGCAGAAGCUCCUUUACAGCUGUUACUGAACUUUGAAACAAAGUGGGGCUCUGGCAUUCUGACAUAGUUUCAAUCUUUCUUUUUUUGCCAUUUGUGUGAUUUGUCAGUGUUCUGUGAAUGCCUUCGUGUGAAUGUUUUGAAACCAACGCUUUGGACUUGCUGUUCCCUUGAGGAGGAAUACAGUUCGUCCUGAAAUCCCCAUGUGCACUAUUUGAUAAGAACUUACUUCAGUUCAUUGCAUUUUCUUUAUUGUGGAAUAGCGUGGAAUCCAAGCACUUUUAUUAAAAGCCAAACUAAUUGGUUGACUAUUCCUGUACAAAUUUUGCUCAUGUUUUUUUCCUUUGUCUGUGAACCAAAUCCCUUAUUAUAAAUGAAACCACUUCAAGGCUGUGUCUGUCAUUUCCCACAGAGAUGAAUAAAGAGUGGUCUUAGUAAGUA